CAACUUCACUGUCAAUGUAGUGUGGUAGUUUGGCAACAAGUAAAGACGUAACAACACCAUUUUUUGUCUUAAUUGCCGUCAUUUUGCAAAAGGAGGAUAAGCCUCCCAUUAUUCCAAGAUGACUACAACACCAGCAAACACGGAACUAAACAUGAACCCGAAGGACCAACAAUUUAUUAGUGCAAAAUCAUAUCUUCUCACUUCAAGCACAGACACAGGAACAAAUUUAUAUGAUCAUUUGAGUUGUGUCUUGGCAAAAGUACUUGAUGAGAGACCAGAAAAUGCAUCUGACAUUAUUGAAGACAUCAGUAGGGAUGUCAAACGGUCAAAGUUUAAUUCAAAAGUUGACACAGUACAAGACAAAGUAGACAAGUCAACAGAAGUUGCCCUUGCUGAAAUUCAUCAUAAACUGUUUUCGAAAGGAGAAGGAGAAGAUGCAGACCAGGAUCAAGAUGAGGAGGUAGAAACACCACUACCAAAUUUGAUGGAUCAUUUUUUCUAUUUUGAACAAGCUGGCAUUGGAUUAGGUCGUGAAGAACUUGUGCGUAUUUGGCUAGCAUUAAAAGACCUUGUAGAUCGUUAUCCAUUACAACAUGUGCAUUUCUGGGGUAAAAUAUUUGGAACAGAACAGAACUAUUAUGUAGCAGAGGUAGAAUAUAGAGAAGGAAAUGAUGAGGGAGAUGAAGAGGAAGAAGAGGAAGAAGCUCAUGCAGAGGAAGAAACAGAAAAAGAAGGAGACGAAGAUGGUGAAGAAGAGGAACAGCAGGAAGAUGAUACCCCAAAACCAGACUGGAAACCUCCAGCAGAAGUACCAAAAGAAGAAAACAGAUCUGGUGCAAAUAAAAAGACAUAUUUUGUGUGCAAUGACCCUGGUAAGCCAUGGAUUAAACUCCCACCAGUAACACCUGCACAAAUUCACAUUGCCAGAAAUAUUAAAAAGUACUUCACAGGACGACUAGAUGCUCCGAUUGUGAGUUAUCCCCCAUUCCCAGGAAAUGAAUGUAACUACCUGAGAGCUAUGAUUGCACGUAUCAGUGCUGGAACACACAUUUCACCUCUGUCAUUCUACAUUUUUGAUGAAGAGGAGGAGGAAGAAGAAGAAGGAGGCAGCAGGGAGAAUUUCAUCAUUAACCCUGAAUAUGAAGCCCAUCCAAUGAGAGAUCUGGUAGAUCAGUCAUUAUCACACUGGGUCCAUCAUGUACAGCACAUCUUACCACAGGGAAGAUGUGUCUGGUUCCCACCUGCUAAACCAGAUCAGGAUGAGUUUGAGGAUGAGGAAGAAGAAGAAGAAAGAGAGGAGCCAGAUGAACCAGAACCAGAAAGAGGUCCAGAACUGCUCACUCCUCUGUCUGAGGAUGCUGAAGUUGGAGAUAUGCCACCAUGGACACCAAAACUUUCUUACAAUCUCAUUCCACAGUAUGCAUGUGCUGUAAUGCGAUCAAAUCUAUGGCCAGGAGCAUAUGCAUUUGCUGCAGAUAAGAAAUUUGAAAAUGUUUACAUUGGCACUGGACACAAAUACUCUAGAGAUAAUUACAGUCCACCAGAAACCACACCGAUCAGAGAAGAAUUCCCAAGCGGUGCUGAAAUCACUGAAAUUGAAGAUCCAUCAGUUGAAGAAGAAAGACAGAUUCGUAAAGCACAACAAGAGGCUGUUGAACCCGAAGAAAUGGAAGAGGCAGAAGAAGAAGAGGAAGAAGAUGAUUAAAUAACAAAUAAAUUAUAAACUUACAAACUGCCAAGAAACAACAGAUAAAUAACUGAAUAGUGUUGUGAUCAGGAAGUGUCAGCUAUAAACUUUUAAAUCAUGUCAUUCCAUAGUCGAUGCCUACUUUUACAGCAUACCAAAUGUUAAAAGGAAGAUUUUACAUUUGUACAUAAACUUAUUUAUAUUAUAUAAAUGCAUUUUUUGCUCCUGUUAUGAAGUAAAAGUCUGGACUGUACAUAA